AUGGGAAAUACAGUGUCCUGCUGCGUGUCCCCCAGUGGGAGCCCCAAACUACCCCGGCAGGUGGAGCGUCUGGAGGACUAUCAGAUCAACACAGACCUGAGCGAUGACACCGGUCCAUACUUGCAGCACAUCAGUGACCGAGAGGUGCCCGAUGAUCUGGCUUUAGAGUCCAACCCAUCAGAUCAUGCCCGUGCCAGCACGAUCUUCCUUAGCAAGUCACAGACGGAUGUACGGGACAGGAGGAAAAGCAACCACAUAAACCAUGUCUCACCUGGGCUGCUUUCGAAGAAGUACAGCUCCUGCUCUACGAUAUUCAUUGAUGACAGUACUGUCAGUCAGCCCAACCUGAAAAGCACAAUCAAAUGUGUCACACUAGCAAUAUAUUAUCACAUUAAAAACAGGGACUCUGAUAGGUCAUUGGACAUCUUUGAUGAAAGAAUGCACCCCUUAUCUAGGGAGCAGGUUCCUGAUGAUUACUCACGCACAGACCCCGAACACAAACUCAUCUACCGAUUCGUCCGGACACUGUUCAGUGCAGCACAGCUCACAGCCGAGUGUGCGAUCGUCACUCUGGUAUAUUUGGAGAGGCUGUUGACGUAUGCCGAGCUGGACAUCUGCCCAUCUAACUGGAAGAGGAUCGUUCUGGGAGCCAUCCUACUGGCCUCGAAAGUCUGGGACGAUCAGGCCGUGUGGAACGUCGACUACUGUCAGAUCCUCAAAGACAUCACUGUUGAGGACAUGAAUGAGAUGGAGAGACAUUUUCUGGAGCUGCUACAGUUUAACAUUAACGUGCCGGCCAGCGUCUACGCCAAGUAUUACUUUGACCUGCGCUCUUUAGCAGACGACAACAACCUGAGCUUUCCUUUGGAACCAUUGAGCAACGAACGCGCACAGAAAUUAGAGGCUAUCUCAAGACUAUGUGAGGAUAAGUACAAGGAUCUGAGCAGAGUGGCCAUGAGGAGAUCACUCAGUGCAGAUAACCUAGUGGGCAUCCGCAGAUCCAAUGCUGUUCUUUCGUAGGGCUUUUUCUUGGAACAACGGCCACUCCAAGACCAAUUUGAAUGGACAGAACUCGUUCUUUGCCCCACCUUUGGCUGUGACGUUAUGCAGAACACCAUAGAGACAAAAACAGACUGGUUUCUUUUGUUUGUUUUUUGCUUACUAUGUAGGCUACUAGCUGUGAACUGUCAGUUUUUAAUUGAAAUCAUUUGCAGAUGGAGUAUUUUAAAUAAACACUAAUCAUGUGA